GCGUGAACGGAAGACAGCGGAAGUGUGCCAACUGUCGUGAAAGCACAUCGACGCAGAAAGAAUCGAGCAGGACUAAUAAGUCAGUCUUAUUAUUUGUUCUCCAGUUUGAAAUAUUUACGUCGUAUAAAAUACAUAUUUGAUUCUUUAUUUAAGGAUAAAGUGGUCUCGAUGCGCUAGAAGCACUGUGCCGCUUCUCGUGCUAUCUUUGCUUGCUAGUUAGCUUAGCUUGUUAGCUGCUAACAGAAGACACAGAAUUUAUCAACACGUCGCUAAGUAGAGAUCAAGUGUGAGAGUAAAGUGUUGUGAUUGUGUGAAAAUGUGCGAAAGAAGGAUAGCAAAGUAUGAGGAGGAACUUUGUCCAACAAAAGAGGAGAAGGAGCGACAACAUCAACUACUGGAUGUUUAUUAUAAGAAACAUCAUCAAGUUGUGUUACACAGAACAGACCUCGAUGAACAUCUUCCUGGUGAGCAGGAGGUGGAACCACAGUCCCCCCACAUACACGAGGAAGAAGAGGUACCACAGCCCCCCCACAUUAAAGAGGAAGACGAGAAGCCACAGACCCAUAAUGUUAAACUGACCCUUCACAUUAAAGGGCAAGCGGAGGACCCACUGAUCUUACACAUCAAAAAGGAAGAGGAUGAUCAACUGACCCCUCACUAUAAGGAGCAAGAGAACCUGCUGACCCCUCACAUUAAAGAGGAAGAGGUGGACCAACUGACCCCCUACUUUAAAGAGGAAGAGGAAGACCAUGAGCCGCCGCACAUUAAAGAGGAAGAGGGCAUCAGUCAGCCUAAAUGGUUGGAGGCGUUCCCAGUGACUGGUGUCCCUGUGAAGAGUGAAGAUGAUGAGGUGAAAGGUGAAAGUGAGGAGAGGGGUGGGGGGGAGCCUCCAAGCAGCAGCUCAACACAACACAUGACAACAGAAGCUGAUGGAGACCACUGUGGAGGAUCACAAGCAGACAAGCUCUUAGCUCCACUAUCAGAUAGUGAGGACACAACGUCACACUCUCCUGACACUGAUGAUGAAGACUCUAAAGAUAAGACAUGUCACACUGACAACACUCCCUUUACAUGUUCUCACUGUCACAAAACCUUUACAUACUAUAGUGUUCUGAAAAGACACAUGAGAACACACACUGGAGAAAAACCUUUUUUUUGUUCACUCUGUAGUAAAGGUUUUACACAAAGUCAGAAUUUGAAAGUACACAUGAGAACACACACUGGUGAAAAACCUUUUUCCUGUUCAAUCUGUGGUAAAGGUUUUACACAAAGUCUGAGUUUGAAAAGACACAUGAGAACACACACUGGUGAAAAAUCACAUUUUCCUUGUUCAAUCUAUAGUAAAGGUUUUGUACAAAGUAACAGUUUGAAACUACACAUGAGAACACACAGUGGUGAAAAAUCACAUUCUUGUUCAAUCUGCAACAGAAGCUUUUGUGACCGAUCAAGCCUUGCAGCACACAUGAGAAGACACCCAGGAGAGAAAGUGUUGAGUUGCAGUGUGUGUGGUGAAAGAUUGUCUUCUAAGUACCAGUGUAAGAAACACAAGUGUGCUGGUGAGAACAGCAGCAGCAAAUGAAACUGCAGGAUUUGAAAUAAACUGUCCAGACUUUCAUUUUGACUUUCUAACAACAUCAGCACAUAUAACAUGUGUAACAAUCUGUUUAAUAUGCGUCUACAUUUAUAAAUUACAUAGUUUGAAAUUUGAAAAUAUUACAUAUUUGUAUUUCUAAUUGUUAAUAAUCCCAUAGAUUAUCACCUUUAUAUGAUAUACGUAUGUACUGGUUCACAUCUGAAACAUCUUCUGGACCACUUCAGGAAGCAUAUUAUUAUUUACUUUAUACAUCAUUUGAACAGUUGUCUUUUAUACAAUUUUAAAAUGUGUGACUUUAUGAAUCAUUUGUUGGGUCUCUAUAAUCUAUUUUAUUCAUUAUCGUUAUUACUCUGUAUUAUGAUGGUUGUGUUGUGAUUGUUUUAUAUGUAUGUCCCCAGACCUUUAUGCAGUAUACAAGUGAGAGAAAAUAGCUGAUUUUUAUUUUGUGAAAGGAUGGUUUUGUUUUCACAAACUUACAUAUGUGGAUAUAUCAAAUAAAUCCAGUAUUGUGUUUUAAAAAA